AUGACCGUUCAUGCUUUUGCAGUUUACAAUGUGCAGCAAUUCAAGCUUGUCAUAGAAAACUGGUUUGACAAAAAUGGUGGCGGUGGAGGUGGCAGUGGCGGCAGCGGUGGUGGCCACCGCGGUCGCAAAGGCUCCGGCCGUGGUGGUGGCCGCUGCGGUGGCUCUUAUGGCGGUGGCGGCCGCCGCAGUAGCGUUUCUACAGAUAGCAAGUCGACUGCUUUGGAGAUCAUUAAGAAAAAGCCAAAAGUGGUGGCAGCACUUGUGGUAGCGAGGUUAAACGCCGCCGUGGUGGCCCUGGUGAUGGAGGUGGAGGCCAUGAUGAUCACAGUGGUUUCAGUGGCGGGGAUGCCAAACGUCCCAAGUUUCACUAAUAAUGUAGAAUUUGUAGAAAAGAAUUAG